GUCGCAGUUAUGGACUCUGGUGAACUGCGGUAUAGAAAUUCUUUUACCCCCCAAAGAAUACUUAUUGUAAUUUACCCAUUGCAGUUAUAUGUAACGAGUGACGAUUGUUUUGUGUUAAUAUUGUUGUUUUGUAUUUUUAUCUCUUUUCUAAUCAUUUAUUUUAUCGCUGUUUUGAUACUUAGGAAAAAUGCGAUACUUUUUUAUAAGAUAAAGCGAACGAUAUAUCAGAUUAUCUACUUAUAGUUCGGAAAAAUUAAAAAAAAACUCAUGUCGCAAUCGUCUUCUCGAGAUUGUGUUGGAUCUUUUAUAUGUGUAUCAAGUAUAAAAAGAUGAACAAAGAGAGGAGGAAGGAAGUAGGAAAAGAGGGAGAAGGACGGAGAAUGAUAGAGGGGGACAAAAUGUCUGCUGAUCUCAAUAUGUUUACUAGCAAACGUUUACAUGCAACGUGACAUGCUUGACAUUGUUCAAGAAAUGACUGAUGAAAUGAUAGAAAAGCAGUGGCGUGAUGGCCGUAUCGUUUAAUCGGUAUCUUAUUUUACCGGAAAUCGAGAAGAGUGAGUUUAAAAUAUCACAAGAGAACAAACAUAAAUACACGGAUGAAAAUACAAGAAACUCAUCAAAUGAGCAAAAAACCUCCGUGAUACCGGCAACCGUACCCUUAUGUGUCUUGGGUGAUGUCCAGUUACGUUUCCUUUGCCCAGAUGAUCUGGAGGAAGUACGGGCACUCUGUCAAGAUUGGUUUCCAAUUGAUUAUCCUUAUUCAUGGUACGAAGAUAUAACAAGUUCCUCACGGUUUUAUGCACUUGCAGCUGUAUACGGCGGAGUAAUAAUUGGACUUAUUGUUGCUGAAAUAAAGCCUUAUGCCAAAUUGAACACAGAAGAUCGUGGUAUUUUGUGUUCGAGUUUAGGAAAUGAUUGUUUAGUGGGUUACAUUCUUAGCUUAGGUGUGCGUCGUGCGUAUAGAAGAAAUGGAAUUGCUUCGUUGUUACUUGAACAAUUAUUAGCACACGUUACCGCUCCGGAACGUUCUUCCGUAAAAGCAGUCUUCCUGCAUGUAUUAUCCAGCAAUGCACCGGCUAUCUUAUUUUACCAAAGAUGCCAUUUUCGAUUACAUAGUUUUCUCCCGUAUUAUUAUUUGAUCCAUGGCAAAUGUAAAGGUGGUUUUACGUAUGUUUUGUACGUUAACGGUGGACACGCACCAUGGGGUAUAUGGGAUUGGUUGCGUCACAUAGCCAGCGCGAUGGCUAGUCUUGGACCGUGCAGAGUACCACGUUGGAUUUGGCAACGGCUUCUUUGGGCUACUACUAUUCUUUCAUAUCAUAGAUGAUACUUUUCGAUGGCAUACCAAUGUUAAACCAAAUACUUCCUUUUUUUUGCCUUAUUCUUUUUUAAACACGCGUAUAGCGUAGUAUAUGCCAAUUUGGAUGUUACGCCGGUUCAAGCAAUAAAAUUAUUAGCUUCAUCAUUGUUUUUUUACAAUUUUACGAAUAAAAUCAUUUACCGCUAAAGUGACAAUACUUAAAUCGAUGAACAUUAUUUUAUAUUCGAUUGAGGAAUAUUAUAUAUUUGCUCCAUUUUAUAGUUCUUUCACCAUGGAUUAUAUUACAAAGUGAUUCAGUAUCUUAAUGUUUAAGAUAAAUAAUAUGAAUACAUUAAAGAUAAAGCGUUUAACUGCCAGAGAAUUUGAUCGGUUCGAAAACGAACGUUUUUUAUUAAACACAAUGUUUGUGUGCCAGGGUUCAUUAUACGAGAUAUUCAGAAACAGAAUGAAGCAUUGGUGAUGGGUUAGAACUUCUUAAAAUACCAUUCAUUUUAUUGAACAUUUUGAUACAUAUUGUUUUAAUGAUAUGUAGCAUUGUAUAUUUCAAAUCAGUAGCAUAGUGAAAUUGUUACAUAAUUCUAGUCAGAUUGAUUGACUUUUGAAAUAGCUUUCUUUAUUGUGUAGAUUUUGUUUUCUUGUUUUUCUACUCUGAUUUUUAUUUGUUCUGCUUGUAACAUGAUUUACCUACUUAUUUGAUUCUUAACUUUAGAAAAUAAUAUUUUCAUGUACCUUGUUUUAGAUCAUUGAUCAAAUGAUGCUUUUUCUAACUAAAGAUAUGUGAUUCUGGGGCCAUUACCCAUCACCAGUUCAAAUACAAUUAACAACACACUGUUCAAACAUCUGUCUUAUUACUAGUUGAAAGAUUCUAAUGAUCACAAUGUGUAGUUACAUAGAUGCUGAGACUGACAUCAUUUUUACUUAGUUUCUUCACUGCAUACUCAUGAAAGCAAUCAUUUUCUAAUCUAUCAGUUAUCAUUCUUCAUCCAGAUGUUACAGUUACAUCUCUUCCCUUAGCAUACUGUCGUAUUUUGGAGUAUAUUGUACUCCUUUUUGAAAAUUAUUAUUAUUUUAAUUGUAUAGUCAAAGUUCAAUUUGUUGCAGAACAAAACAAAAAUCUUUCCAGUGGGUAUAUUAAAAUAUAUGAGAUUUAAUUACAGCUUUUACAGAAGCAACAAGCAAGACUGAUGUUCUUGCAAAUAAUUUAUGAUAUCCAAAUAAAUUUUUGAUAUGAUAAAAUAAAAAGUUUUGUUGGAUAUUAAGUGACCAUGGAUAUUGUAAAUUUUGUAUUUUAAUAGGUGAAUGUGCAAUAUGUACGCAUUUAUUUAUACUUCUAUGCGUAAAUUAAAAAUAAAGAUUUAUGUGGAAAGGAAAUUAAUUCAAAGUUUAACAGUAAAAAGUAAAUUUAUUUUGAAUGAAUAUUACAUAAAACAAAAUCAGUAUUUUCCAUGGUGAUAGAAUAAAUUAAGUUGCUUCUUGUUUUAGGCUGUGCAUGUAUUCUUUCAUUGAAAAUAUUCUAAGACAUCAUUUGUAUUUCGUAAUCAGCUGAUAAAAAGAAAAAUAGCAUUGUUUAUAUUUAUAUAUUCGCAUAGAAAAAGCUUUUGUAUCAAUGAUAUAUAUGAAUGUGAGUCAUGAAUGUGUGCGAGUCUUAUUUAUACAUAAUUGUACAUAUAUAUAUUAAAUGUAUCAGAGUAGUGUACAUACUAAUGUAUUGACUUUGUUUGUAAUAAAUUGACAUGUUACAA